UAAGUCAGAUGCUCGUAGGCUGUUUGUAGACUUAUUUCUAACUUAAUAGAAGACUAGGCUAGAUCGUUUUAAUGCUUUUCGAGUUGUUUUAGCGGCAUCUACUAAAAUCGUUCCCACUGUUUUUAGACCAAGUAUGUAGAGCAGUGGUGGCAAUGUUUUGGUAGCCUACGAAUCGGGUUGAAAUGGACCAUAGCAAUUCAAGACAUGCAAAGACAACAUAACCACAUGUAGCCUACAUUUAAUUCUGUGGUGUUUUGAGCGCCUUUAAUUGAAGUUGUUUGAACAAAACCAAUGCGAAGAGAUCUUACGUCCAAAAAAGCUCUUCCGGGUUCAAACUAAUCGUCCAGAUUGACAUUGCAGGGUGCUCUGACUGACAUCUGAACCAAGGGACCGAGCGACGUCUUCUCAAUUGUUAUCUGAGCAUUUGAUCUUUAUCAUGACCGGAUAAGCAAUAGGCUAUGACAAACAACGGGACCAAACAUUGGACGGUGGUUGUCUUGACCUGUCAGCACAAAGACAGUGUUUAUGCAUUUCAGAGGGAGCUGGACCUGCGGCAGCAGCGUGGAGGGCUUUCGCCAGGGGCCCUGUUGCUGACCGUGGCUGACCCUCAGGCCCGCCUGGGCAGCGGGGGAGCCACCCUCAAUGCCCUCCUCGUGGCCGCUGAGCACCUCAGUGCCAGAGCUGGACACACUGUGGUAACUUCAGAUGUCUUGGAUGAUGCCCACAUUCUCAUUCUUCACACGGGAAGAGAUUUCCCCUGGGAUAGCUGUGGGAGAGCGUUCUCCUGGCUGCCAGUAGAGGGCGCUCAGCAUGCUGUGGAGGGUCCAGUUUGCUGCCUGGACAUCCUGCUGGACUGUCUUUCUCAUCAGGUUUGCCCUGGCUCUCCUCCAGGAGUGUGGGUAUGCAGCACAGACAUGAUCCUCACCCUGCCCUCCAGACAAGCCAUGUCCUGGGAGGGUUUCUCGGGUGUUCGAGUGUUGGCUCUGCCAGGUGACGUAUCGUACGCCACCAAUCACGGAGUCUAUCUCAGCGACGGGCAGGGCAGAGUGCGCGACAUCGUCUACAGAGGGUCAGAGGAGCAGAUCCGGCAAGCCAUCCUGCCAGAUGGGAAGGUGCCGCUGGUUUCUGGGCCGGUGUUCCUAUGCAGAAGUGUGUCUGAGAAACUACUUCAGACUCAUGUCACCUCACCUUUGGAUGGCUGCACCUACCUGGGCAUGGAUUCAGGUGCUCCAUCGUUACAGAUCUCUCUCUUUCUGGACAUACUGAUGUGCCUGUGCUCCGAUGUGAACGAGACUCGGUUCGUCAGUGAGGAACGGCCAGGCUCCACCUCUCCCAGUGGCCCACAGGGGGCAGCAGUGAGGUCAGCCAGGGCAGUCCUCUGGAGGACGCUGAAAGGAACUCCUCUCUCCAUGGAAUACAUUGCAGAUGGGACCUAUGACUAUAUGACACUAUCAGGAUGGGAACAUAUCAGCCGGCUGACAAAAAAAGGAUGGCAGAUGGAGACUCUGUCUCAUAUUCAGAAUAGGGACUGUGUAAGCGUGGAGAGUCGAGUGAUAAACAGUGUGCUGGAGGGAAACAUCACUGUGUCAUUUGGGGCUGUAAUUCAGCAUUGCCACCUCCAGGGCCCGGUACAAGUGCCGUCUGGCAGUUUUCUGUCUGGCCUGGAGGCAACGUCAGGGAGCCAGAUCCAGAACCUUCUUCUGAGUGCUGACAUCAUCAUCCAGGGACACCGUGUGCAGCUGGGAGAGCUCAAACUAACCGUCUACACAGUUCUGGGGGCACGCGAUACUCUGGAGGCUUCUUGUGAGGAAUCGACUUUCUUGAACCACAGCUGGACUGACUUUUACAAGCGCACAGGGAUACGGCCUGAGGAGUUAUGGGGCACCAGCAGCGAAAGCAACACCCAGCGCUCGCUCUGGGAGGCCCGGCUCUUCCCCGUGUUCCAGCCACGUGACGGCGCGGUGGGACUGGACGGGGUGUCCUGGUUGAUGUCGGGGAGCCCUGGAGCUCUGGAGUGGUGGAGAGGCGCCUGGAGGCUGUCUCUGAGGGAGGUGCUGUCCCUCACCGACCAGGAGGGGGAGCUGCGCUGGAGAGAGGAGCUGCUCUUCCGUGCGGCCAGGCGGAGAGCCGUGGACACGCUGACGGGCCACAGCGACCACAGCCUCCUGCCCAGCAUCAGGGCUGCCGUGCUGGGCGGCCAGCAGGGGGAACUCCUGAGCGCACUGGACAACGUGGCGGCGGGCAGCUGCGAGAACCUCGGCGUGGCGGCGCGGACUCUGGCCUGCAUCGCCGACGUGCUGGGCUGCAUGGCCGGCGAGGGGAAGGGAGGUCUGCGGAGCGGCCCGGCCGCCAACCCCGCCUGGGCCGCAGCCUUCAGCCUGCUGGAGCGCCGCGAUCUCCCCGCGGCCGUCCAGGCGCUGGCCAAUCAGAGGAGUCACUGGCUAAACAGGCCUGACUUGUUGGUGCGUGCAGCAAGGCACUAUGAGGGGGCAGGUCAAGUCUUGCUGCGACAGGCGGUUAUGUCGGCCCAAGAGUUUGUGUCUAUUGGCCAGGGAGAGAUGCCUCCCAUUGGCGAGUGGCAAGAAGUGGAGUGUCCUGCUAGGCUGGACCUGUCAGGUGGCUGGAGUGACACGCCACCCAUCGCCUUUGAGCGGGGGGGAGCCGUGGUGAAUGUUGCCGUGAAGGUGGACGGCAGGCGGCCCAUCGGUGCCCGAGCGCGCCGCAUCAGAGAACCCCGUCUGCUACUGGUCACCUCCAGCAGCGGGCAGGACUGCAGCGUCGCCACGGAAACGGUCUGCGAGACGCUGCAGGACCUGGAGGACCACUGUCAACCCCAUGCCCCUGGUGCCCUCCUGAAGGCUGUGUGUGUGUGCAGCGGUCUGGUCACCUUCCCUUCCCAGCAGCCCCUGGCCGAGCAGCUGCUGCAGCGCUGGGGUGGAGGGCUGGAGCUGCACAGCUGGUCCCUCCUGCCUCACGGCUCUGGUCUCGGCACCAGCAGUAUUCUGGCUGGGGCAGUGUUGGCUGCGGUGUACAGGAGCACAGGUCGCACCUACGACACCGACUCCCUCAUCCACGCAGUGCUGCAUCUGGAGCAGACUUUAACCACAGGUGGAGGUUGGCAGGACCAAGUUGGUGGUCUGGUCGGGGGGGUGAAGCUGGCUCGCUCGAGAGCCUGUCUGCCCCUCAGGGUGGAAGUGGAGCGGCUCUCCCUCUCCCAGGACUUCCUGUCCGCCCUGCAACAGCGCCUCAUACUGGUGUACACAGGCAAAACGCGACUGGCUCGCAACCUGCUACAGGAUGUGGUGAGAAGCUGGUACAGCCGGUUGCCCUCCAUCGUCACGAACACAGAGCAACUGGUCAGCAACGCUGAGGAGUGUGCCCUUGCAUGCACAGAUGGCUCCCUGUCCAGGCUCGGCUCCUGUCUGGACCGGUACUGGCAGCAGAAGAAGGUGAUGGCGCCGGGCUGCGAGCCGGCCGCGGUGCGGAGCAUGAUGACCGCCCUGCGGCCCCUCACCCUGGGCCAGAGCCUGGCCGGGGCGGGCGGAGGGGGCUUCCUCUACCUGCUGACCCGAGACGCCCGGCAGGAGGAGGCCGUGCGGCAGGUGCUCAGCAGCACACCGGGCCUGGGGGAUUUCAGUGUCCAUUCCGUAGAACUGGACAUGGAAGGAAUCUGUGUUCUUACGUCAACAAGCUCACCAGACCAAUGAAGAAACCCACAUGAAGAUUCAGCUCACUUUUUUGAAUGUCAACAUUUUUUUUUACCACUGUCUUGUAUAACUCCAAUUCUAGAGGGAUUUUUAUAUCUGACAUGAAAAGCCACAACCUUUGAUUUACACAUUAUCAGAUGUUCCUUUUUGACACUGUGAAUGCUUGACCGAUGUGAUAAUGUCAACCCUGUAUGAUAAGGUUAUGUAUGAAGUUUUUUUUUCCCACCCUGUAAUCACUGAUAAGUUUGUGUUCUCGCUCAGAAGAUGGCUUUUCAUAAAACAGGCUUCUCUAAGGCACACUUGAAACAUUCCACAAAUA